AUUAUGUCAAGUCGGUGAUCGGGAAAAAAAAAGUAUUUUGACGCUUGCUUGAAUCAAUCAGAGAGAUCAACAACCAAAGCUGAGAAAAGCCUGUGAGAAAGAGAGAGAGAAGAAGAAGAAGAAGAAGAAGAUGGCGCAACCGAGUAAAGAACCUUGCAAGAAAGAGGCUUGCGACAUCCAAGCAUGUCUCUCCAAGAACAAUUUUCUUCCUCAAAGGUGCCAGAGAGUGAUAGAGAUGUUACAGGCUUGUUGUGAGAGAUGCAAUAACGAGUCAACACAUUGUGGAUCUGUAGCUGCUCUCUUGAAGCAAAUCAAGAAGUAAUAUAUAUAACACAAUGGACUUUUAACCAAACAGAGGCAUAAUAACAAGAGACUUCAAGGCACAUUUUAAC